AUGGGCUCCGUGCUGGCUGGGGGAGCUGUGAGAGACAGGAGGAAGCUGGCUGGAGCUGGGGCACUGCCGAGCCAGUGCCAUCGGUCUCAUCCACAGCUUGCAAUAUUUUUUGGGAGGCAGAGCAAAGCCUUCACUCAUUCACUUUUUGCUGAUACGAGGGUCUGGUUUGACACAGGCAUCAUCUCCCUCAUGUCCCUGGCUGUGCUCUCGUACGAGCGCUGCUGCACCGUGACGAGGACAGCAGAGCCUGACACCACCAACUACAGGAAAGCAUGGGCAGCCAUCCUCCUGUCCUGGACUUACUCCCUGCUCUGGACUGUUCCUCCUCUUCUUGGCUGGAGCAGCUACGGGCCAGAAGGAGCAGGGAUAACCUGCUCUGUGAACUGGCAUUCCAAGGAUGCCAACAACACCUCCUACAUCAUCUAUCUUUUCAUCUUUUGCCUCGUAAUCCCGUUUGCCAUUGUCUGUUCCUAUGGGAAGCUGCUCUGUGCUGUCAGACAGGUAACAGGGGCAGAGGCUGGGAGCAGCAGGGGCCAUGAGCAGCGUGUGCUGCUGCUGCUGAUGGUGCAGCUGAUGGUGCUGUGCUUCCUCCUCUGCUGGCUGCCCUACGCAGCUGUGGCACUGCUGGCCACCUUUGGGCAGCCUGGGCUCAUCACCCCUGCAGCCAGCAUCGUCCCAGCCAUCCUGGCCAAGAGCAGCACUGUCUACAACCCCGUCAUCUACAUGUUUCUGAACAAACAGUUUUACAGGUGCUUUGUGGCGCUCCUGAGGUGCAACAAAUCCCCCCAGAGCUCCUUGUCCAGGCUGAAAAAGCAACAACAAAACCCAGGUUCUGAAGAGUUCCUGCCAAAGCCCAGCCAAGCCCAAAAGAGAGAUCCAGAGUGUGCUGCUGUAGGAGGGCUCCAGGAAACAAGCUGCAUGUGA